AUGACAGAAUCAUCUGCCGAAAAAGUUCUCGCAAAGGCAUACCAUCCAACGGAGACUUCCUCACAUGAAGAGGAUACUCCGCCCCCAUACACGCCUAUUGCAACUGCUCAUACAGCAACCGUUGUUUCUCCGGCUGGCAAUGAACUAAAUCCGUCAAAGCUUGAAACUGGUCGUUCAACUGCAAACCCUCCUCAAAUCAGUACAUCUUAUGCCGCUAAUGUCUCUCAUCCUCUUACACACAAAAAAGGCUGCUGUUCUCGUUUCUGGACAUCAGUAUUCGAUCCAAAAGCAUGGACCAGCGUUGCUUAUUAUUUGUUCGUCUCUCCUGUGGUUUCACUAUUCGCCUUUGUAUGGAUGUUGACGACGCUUGUUGGAGCUAUAACAUCUCUGUUGUUUCCACCUCUUGGAUACUUCUUUUGUAUUGGAACAGCGUGGUCAUGGAGAGCUCUAGGUCGCAUAGAACUGAUAACGAUUAAAAUGUGUACGCACCCAGCUCGUCUCUUUGGUUGCUCCUCAACACGCCUUUUCUCUACUACUCACGAACUUCCACCUCGCGUAUUCCAUCCUGGCUCACCGCAAAGCCCUCCACCAACUUAUGGGGCUAUGCGUUAUGCUGUUAAAAUCUGCUUUGACAAGUUUACCUGGAUGUCUUUCUUAUAUUUCACGUGCAUCAAGUUUUGGAUUACCCUUCUAACGUUCACCACCACAAUCACGUUGUUUAGCCUGGCGUUUCCGUUAAUGUUGAUAUUUAUGCCCGUGCUGUGUAUUACUUGUCGGUUUAUGGGAGAGGUGGAGGAGAAGAUAGCUAUAGCAGUUUUGCUUUGA